GGUCCGUCCCGACGGCUUCGGGCAUCUUCGGUAAUUUCCGCCAACGCCCUUCGAACGUACCUAGCUGACCCCGCCCACUGCCAUAGUCAACCCCUCGAUUACCACUCAGAACUCCCCGGGUUCCUCCGGAACUGCUCGGGUAUUUCCGUCUCUACAUCGGCACCAAUCAGUUCUUUCCCUCCUCCCAGCCACUUCCCUCUCCCUCCCUCUGCUUGCAGAGCUCGGUUAUUUUCGUCUUACCGAGGCUGUGAAUCGAAUGUACUCGGAAGCCGUCGACUCUGGCAUAACCAAAAUCGGAGUUACUCGGCCAUCUCCGAACCUAAGGCUGAGACGCUGAGGAGCUUGGGUGUUUGGGGCUGGCCCGGGACCGGAAGUGCGUGGGCUGCCGGGCUGGCCCUGUUUAGGGUUUUCAGGAAGCAUGGAAGCAGGGGCGACAGUUGGAGUUUAAGCACUUUUGUGACGGUCUUCGGGUGCCCUGUGAGAGGAAAGGGGAGGAUGCCACUGGAAUCAUCUUCCUCUUCAGUACCACUAUCCCUCCCUUCUCCCCUACCCCCAGUACCAGACGGUAUUACUAACUCUUCCCCUCCCCCAAUGUCUUACAUCACUUCCCAGGAGAUGAAGUGUAUUCUUCACUGGUUUGCCAGUUGGUCAGGUCCACAGCGUGAACGUUUCCUACAGGACCUGGUAGCUAAGGCAGUGCCAGGAAAAUUACAGCCCCUGCUGGAAGGGCUGGAGCAGCUUAGUGUGUCUGGAGCAAACCGACCACCUUGUAUCUUUGAGUGCCAGCUACGACUUUGGGAUCAGUGGUUUCGAGGUUGGGCUGAGCAGGAGCGCAAUGAAUUUGUCAGGCAGCUAGAGGUCAGUGAGCCAGACUUCGUGGCGAAAUUUUACCAGGCAGUGGCUGCUACGGCUGGUAAGGACUGAUGGGCAUUAAAGUCAAGAAGAUAAUCACAGCUGAUGGAGCUGCAACUUCACUGCGAGAUCUUCAGAUGUGUCACUUAAAGGCCUAGGAAUGGUCUGAUCCGCUGACUGAACUUGCUGACCAGUACAGGCUUGAUUAUUUCUUUGGAGGAUGAAGGGGCAGAGGGAGUGGGAGAGAGAGAAUCUUAAGCAGGCUCCAGGCCCAGCACGGAGCCCAACACGAGGCUU